AUGUCUGUGUUCGUGAAGCCGAAGUUGAAGGCGUUGAAGGAGGCUCUGGCGAAGAAGGACUGGCCGGGCGUGGAGAAGAACGCCAGCGCCGUCCUCGACUUCGAGUCUUCCAACUACAAUGCUCGGGUCUUUCUUGCGCUCGCCCUCUUCAACCUGGGCAAGCCCGAAGAGUCGGAGGAGACGUACAAGAAGGCGAUCGAGCAGUCCCCUACGCAAGCUCUCGCUCGACAGGGUCUAGCGACACUUUACGAGAAGAGCCAGAGAUGGAUGGACUAUGCUCGGGAGCUGCAAGGGUUGAUGCAGCUGUUUGCGGACAGCCAAGACGCACCGAAAUAUGCCGAGUCGCUGGAGAAAUUGCUAGAUGUGCGAAGAAAGCACGGCACGAAAGACGAGCUCGUCGAGACGCUCUCAAUGCUCCUACCUUCCUCACCUCAGCACCCUCUCCUCGGUUCCCUGCCUCCGUUCGACCCGACCGCUCCUACAGCCACUUCCUAUCCGACAGUCCAGCAAGCCGUCACCUCUCCUCUGCGGACGCUCCUCGAAAUCAUUGCUCACAUCUCCGAGAAAGAGACGGCGGCGGUCGACGCAGAGAUCAAGAAGCGGCGACAGCGGUUAGGCGGGCCAGCACUGACUGCCGAAGAGACGACGCGCCAGGUCCAGGCCGAGAUGCUGCCGCAGAGUCAGCUGCCGGCGCUGUGGCGGCAAGUUCUCGACGACCCAGACGCAGGCAACGACGAGCCGCUCCGAAGGGACGUCGAGCGCCGCCUGCUUGCGCAUCUGCGAAUGACCCUUCGCGCCCUUCCUUCGUCCUUCGACCCGCCUUCACUCGACCUCUCAGCGAAGGCAAAGCCGAGGACGGAGAAGCAGAUUGAGGUGGAGCGAGACGCGAAGGAUGGCUAUCGCGCUCAGGUUGAGGAUCUCGCGCACGAUAUGGUCGUGAUUGGCGUACCGGACGGCUCGGCUUGGGAGGUCGAGGUCGAGUGGAGCGAUAGCUUUGCGGAUGGGCGUGGCCUGGAAGGGUUGACGAAAGGGAGCAGGGACAAGCUGCAGCGACUGGCGGACACCUUCCCAGAAGCCGGCAUCUCUCGCAUCUCUCGCGCCCUUCUGGCCCGUCUCGAAGCGGCGGAGGCAGCCGCAAGACCUCCCGUCGACAGUGAUCCGGCGGAUGCUCCGCAAGAAGAGCGACCUCAAGGCCCGACCGAUGACGAGUUGGCCGAGAUCAUCGAGGACGGGCUCGCGAAGGCGCCACAAUCCGUCGUUGCGCAUCUCCUCGCCGUUUCUUUUUUCCGCAGCCAAAAGGAGUGGCAUGCUGUCGUUCAGGUCGCCGAGGCGGGACUCUCGGCACUGGCGAGUAUCCAGGCCGAGAUCGGGCGACCUCUUCCACGGACUCGCCGCGCGCUCGAAACGUCGCUCGCUCUUGGCCUCGUACAUCACGAUCCGCCAACCCACCACCUUCGCGCCCUUCGCCUCAUCGAAAGUCUGCUCGGAACAGCUCCGCCUCCGCCCUCCUCCCCUGCCGCACCUACUGUCUUGCACCCCGACCCGGAACUCCUCUUCGCAAAAGCGAUUGUCUUGCAGACUUCCGACAAGCAGGCAGCCGCCCUCAAAGUCUGGGACCAGAUCAUCGCCCUCCCUUCGGAUUCUCUCGACGCCGAUACGCUCGUUAAGGCGAAGUGCGAACGAGCUUGGUCGACGCACCUCGCUGGCUCGUCUGAGGAUGCUUUGCCGCAACUCGAGGAGGUCGUCGCUUCGUUCGAAGAGCGCAAGACUCGGCGUGACAAGGAGAGGGAGGAGAAGGAGAAGUACCGGAGCAAGCGUGGCCUGGAGAAGCCCGAGGGCGUCGAGGAAGGGGAACAGGAGGAGGAGCGGGAAGAGCGGGCAACCGCCUGGUGGCGUUUGGGAGAGUGUCUGUGGAAGCUUGGCGACUCGAUGCCCGACCGAACUAAGCAGGCAUACGACGCCUACAUCUCGGCUCUCCGCGCCUCACCAUCGUUCGCUCCGGCCUUCACCUCCCUCGGCAUCUACUACCGCUCGCUCGCCUCGCCAGACUGGGAGCGCUCGUCAAACUGCUUCCAGAAGGCGUUUGAGCUCGACCCUUCGCAAGAGGUCGCAGCUCGAUACCUGGCGGAGGAGUUCGCGGAGCUCGGCGAAUGGGGUCUCGUCGAAGUCAUUGCCCGCCGAGUCAUCGAUGGGAACAAGGGUCGCGCAGGGAUGGGCGGCAAGGCAGCAGCUCGUCUCGCAUGGGCGUGGAAGGCGAUCGGUGGCAGCGAGCUCAACUCGAAGAAGUACCCGCAGGCGAUCACGGCGUUCCAGUCUGCUUUGCGAGGCGCUCCCGAUGACGUCUCGACUUGGAUCAAGCUCGGUGUCGCGUACCGUCAUUCCGGCAAGCAUGUCGCCGCGCUCAAAGUCUUCGUCAAGGCGUUCGCCCUCGAUCCGUCGUCUUGGUUCGCCAAGUACUCGAUCGCGGACGUGCAACGCGAGAUCGGACUACUCGACCCGGCGAUCAAGACGUUCAAGGAGAUCCUGGUCGACCGCCCGGAUGAGCUAGGCGUCAAGGUCGUCCUCGCCGAAACCGCCCUCGCAAAGGGACUCGGCGAGCAGAAGCAGGGCUACAUGGUGCGCGCGGAGGAGUCGCUGCUCGAAGCGCUCGAGGGCUCGAUGGCAGUCAUCGAGGGCGGAUCCGCUUCGCGCGUUGCAUGGAAGGUCACGGCGGAGGCGCUCGUCGGGCUGAGCAGGCUCAGCGACCCAGCCUCGCCGGAUUCACUCAGGGCCGCGCUGGCUUGGGUCCUCGCCUACCUCUCCGAGCAGGGCGUCGACGGCAAGAUGGCGGGCCUGACUGCUGUCACGGUCGCCGACGUUCGCGCUGCCAUCGACACCAAGCCCGCCAUCACUGCCGCCGCCCUUGCCGUCCUUUCCUUCAAGAUGCGUGUCCUCCUCGAGACGCAGAACGAAGCCGCCAUCGGCUCCGCCUGGUUCGACCUCGGCGUCGCCAUCAGCAACUUCCGUCCGCAUCUCUCGACGCUCUCGACUUCGAUCGUCACUGCGGAGCAGGCUUUGCAGCAGGCGAUUCGAUGCCUCAAGUACGCCCUGCACAAGGAGCCGCUCAACGCGUCCUUCUGGAGCGCCCUCGGCGUCCUCUCUUUCGACCUUUCGCCUCGACUCGCUCAGCACAGCUUCAUCCGCUCGAUCGAGCACAACUCGCGCAGCGCCGUGCCCUGGACGAACCUCGGCCUCUUCUACCUCGUACACGGCGACGAGGACCUUGCGAACCAGGCGUUCCUCAAAGCGCAGGUGCUCGACCCGGAAUGGGCGGCGGCUUGGGUCGGGCAAGCUACCCUCGCAGACAUGGCGGGACACGCCGUCGAGGCCUCCGUCCUCCUCGAGCAUGCCGUCUCGCUCGGAGGAGACGCGCCCGAAGCCGACAUCGCCUUCGCCAGCCGCGCAUUCGAGAAGUACCGCUCUAGCGUGCCGUCCUCGUCGCUCGCCGUCGCCGAUCCCUCUCCCGUUCCCCCGCCUUCCGCCGUCGAGGUACUAUCCGCGCCGCUCUUUUCGCUCAGCCGCUACCUCUCCCAUCAUCCUUCCGACCACACGGCCCUUCAUCUCAACGCCCUCAUCCUCGAACAGGUCGGCGACCUCGCCUCGGCAUGCGAAUCGUUCGAGAAGGCUGCAGCGAUCAUCGAGGAGCUCUACGAGGUCGACGAGUCGCCUGCGGUCGAAGGACAGUACGUGAUCGCGCAGACGAACUUGGGGCGUGCCCGACUCGCGGCGCAGCAGUACGAUGGCGCACUUGAGGCAUUUGAGGCGGCUCUGUCGCUCCUCAACCUCGAGGACAGUCCGGCGCCCGGCGGCCUGACGAAGGAGCAGACCGUCUUGCUCUACACCGAAUGCAAGCUCGGCUCGAGUGUCGCGCACGUCGCGCUCGGCGACUCGUCCGCGGCAAAGGAGGCAUUGGAGACGGCGAUCGACGAUGUCGAGACCUACAGGGUCGGCGCCUGCGACAGCCACCUCGCCGUUGCGCUCGGAAGAGUGCAUUGGGCUGAAGGCGAGGAGGAUCGCGCUUUGUCGGCUCUGCUCGACUCACCGGACAUACCUUCGGGUCGACAGACACCGCUGUUCCUCCGCCGCGCCAUAUACGCCUAUGCGAUCGCUGCGAACGACACCUCGCUCCUGCAGACCACCGACUCCUUCAUCUGGAACGCAGCCGUCAAGUACGACCCAGACAUCUCGCACCUGUCGACGCUUGCAAAGCUGGCAAAGGUGCAGCGACAUCGACGGCGCUCUCUCUACUGUUUCCCGCUCCCUUCACGCUUUCCCCUGGGCACCGGCUUUCCGCUCUCGCACAGCACGCCUACUCACGUCCCUCCCGCCUGUCGCGUCGGAUGGUUCGGCCGACAACAAUCUCGAGCUUGUCGGUCGUCUCAUGCGCACGCGCGUGCCGCAGAAUGA